AAAUUGAAAUAGGAAAUCAGAAUGUUGUGAAUAAUGUGCAAAAUAUGUCAUUUGAAAACAUAAGGCUGUCAACUGAAGAAAUCAUAAGCGACGACGAUGAAGGAACAAAUUCCACAAGAAACAAUUCGGCUUAUUUCGCAAGCAACAAUUCUGCUUAUUUCGCAAAUAACAAUUCUACAUAUUUCGCAAGCAACAAUUCGACAUAUUUAACAAGCAGCAAUUCAACAUUGAACGACCUUUCAAAUGAAGUUUAUGAAAUAAAUAUUAUGCAAACAACUACAUUUGAAACAACUGAAGAAAAAGAUAUUAAUAAUAAAGAUAUAAAUGCGAUGAAGCAUAUAUCAACGAGGAAUAAAAGUUAUCAAUUUCGUGCUUUG